UGAAGACCUUACGAAACUUGUUCUUGAAGCUUGAAAUUUCAGCAUCUCUGUAUUUAUUCCCCGUCUUUUAACGGUCCCCUCGUUUUUGUUUCCACCUCGAUUAUAGUCCCUUGACACCAAUUGGCACGGGAAACUGGGCAUGUCGACGUCGACGCCUAAACCACCUCUUAUCAUCCCCCCGACAGGGAAUCAUACAGCAUCUGUUAUCUUUUUACAUGGGCUCGGCGACACCGGCAAGGGGUGGUGCCCGAUUACUGAUUCGCUGUCCAGAGACCUGCCGCAUGUGAAGUGGGUACUUCCUCAUGCACCUACCGGCGAGGUCACAGCCCACAACAAGAAAUCUAUGCCCCGUUGGUUUGAUAUAAUUGCCUACAAUUUUGAGAGUGCAGCGGAAAAUCGUGCCGAAAUCAUGAUGGCCGCUCGUAUGACUGACGAAUUGAUUCAAAGAGAGGUUGAUGCGGGUGUGCCCCCUGAGCGGGUUGUUAUAGGCGGGUUCAGUCAAGGGGCGGCAGUGGCGCUCCUAGCAGGUCUUACCAGUCGCCCAGAGGAUGGUUUGGCUGGGGGUAAGGAGGGCUGGAAACUCGGAGGGCUAGUCAUUCUCAGCGGCUGGCUUCCCCUGCAAAGUAGCUUCCAACAGGUGCUAUCUGCUCGCGCAGCGCAAAUACCUAUUUUCUGGGGCCAUGGAACGGACGAUAACGUCGUCCGGCACAAAGUUGCAGAGGCCUUCACGAAGAAACUUACUACCUCGUGUGGAAUACCUAUGGUUGAGAGUCUUACAUUGGGCACGGAGCACAACGCCCGUUGUACAUCCGCCUUGCCCCAAGCUUCCGACGUCGAGGGAGGACCAGGCUCUCCUGGCUUGCGUUUUAGAAGCUACAAGGCUGGGGGACAUUCUGUGUGUCCACGGGAGUUGAGGGACUUGGCGGGAUUCUUGAAACGUGUUGUGCCCUAGGAGCCUUGUCAGUCUAUGGGGAGCAUCCUGCUUGACCGCUUUUCCCCCGCUACCUACAAUCUACAUUACGCGCUUUCAGGUUUGCACUGUAUGCUAUGCAUUUCACUACCACGAAUAUUAGUCUCGUUUGCAUUGUGACGACAGUAAAUCAGCUUAUUACGGCGAAUCCCA